CAUCCUAGUCAUACCAAUAGCUGUGACCGUAGCUACUCCAAACAAUUCUUCCAGGUCGCAAUGUGUAGAAAUAAGUCUUGGCUGUCUAUAUUGCGUGACAAUAAUAGUCGAAAAUAAAGAAUUGGCGACUGGGAAACUCGCAGCGCACCCAACUACCGCGACGCCCAGCCAAGACUCUGAAUAUGUAUAAAUCUUGCGUUGCGAAGUAUUAACACUGUCAUUUCACAAGACAAUCCUCGGCUCAUCAUGUUUGGCCCCUUAUUCAAAGGAAAGUUGGUGACGACUGCCAUGAUGCUGAUGCUCCUGGGCUUCCUAGCCCAGGUUGCAACAGCGGCGAAAUCAGCUGGCUGUGGAAAAGGAGCCGGCAUCACUAGCGGUACCAAAUCUAUCACAGUCAACGGGAAAAACAGACAAUACAUCGUGCGUGUUCCGAAUAACUACGACCAGAACAGGGCCUACAAGCUCAUCUUUGGUCUACACUGGCUCUCCGGCACUAUGACCGAUGUUGCGACGGGCCAAACAGUGCAGCGUGAUGUGUGGGAUUACUACGGUCUUCGAAGGCUCGCCAACGAAAGUGCCAUCUUUGUCGCUCCACAAGGCUUGAACAAUGGAUGGGGUAACGCUGGCGGUGAAGAUAUCACCUUCAUCGAUUCAUUGGUCACAUCAAUGCAGAAUGGACUCUGCGUCGACACAGCUCAGAUUUUCAGCACAGGGUUCAGCUACGGUGGCGCCAUGUCGUAUUCUCUCGCAUGUUCACGUCCAAACGUUUUCCGCGCUGUUGCGGUUCUAUCUGGCGGUCUAUUAUCAGGAUGCAGUGGAGGUACUAGUCCUAUCGCAUAUCUCGGCAUUCACGGUCUUCGCGAUAAUGUGCUCAGCAUUUCUGGCGGCCGUUCUCUACGCGACAAGUUUGUGCAGAACAAUGGAUGCACGUCGCAGUCGCCUCGCGAACCUUCUCAAGGAUCUUACUCUCACGUGGGUACGUCGUACAGUGGCUGCCGGUCUGGGUACCCAGUGCGAUGGGUAGCUUUUGAUGAAGGGCACAUUGCCGCGCCGCGUGAUGGCGGCCCUGGAGAUAGCGGUACCGCUGCCUUCAGUCCUGGCGAAACCUGGAACUUCUUCAAUCAGUUUGCCGGAUCGGAUCCUGGAACCGGCACCCCGGGAACCCCAACUACAACUAGUAACCCUCCACCAACGAAUCAGCCUACUAAUCCGCCUGGGAACUGCGCUGCUCUGUAUGGACAGUGUGGAGGGGAAGGAUGGGAUGGGCCCAAGUGCUGUUCUCAAGGAUCCUGUAAGUUUAGCAACAACUGGUACUCGCAAUGUUUGUAG